ACGGGCUGCAACGCGGAAGGAGGAAAGCGACUCUCCGUCACUGAGGUGUAAUUUCAGCGUCACUGCCUCGCAAGGUGCAGCCUUUAGUGUGACUCCUGUGCGGCUCUAAGACCCCCUGACAUCUUCACACCAAUAGUAAUUUAUUAAAACACAAAGCGGACGUAUACCCCCCCUUUUUCCUCCCUGACGGACCUCGGUGGAGACCCUAGCGAAGCCUGAAGAGCGCCUCCCUGUCUCAGCUUCCCGAUGGGGGAAUCAGGUUCACGCCGUUCCACACUGGUUUCACGCCUGCCAAUCUUCCGCCGCAGUUCCAGCAAGCGGCAGGAGUCUCUCCCCUCCUCCCCCUCCUCGGGUGGAGUGGGUAAUGGCGUUCACACCUCCUCGCCCUCCAGCACAAACUCCAGCUCGGGCAGUACUGGCAAACGCCGCAGCCUGUUUCGGGCGCCGUCUCUUGGUUUCUCGGCUAAAAGGAACAGCGACCCAAGGGUCCAGCCCAUCAAUCUGAACCUCACGCCUCCCCUGACGCAGACAACUGAUGCAAACGGAAACGACCAGCAGACGGUUACUGCAUCGACAGGAUUCGGUGAGGGUGGCAGGCGUUCAAAGUCACGUCACUCAUUUGGGUUUGGGAGCCACAAGCAAAAGAAAAUCCCACGCUCGCAGACUGAGGACUUUGACAAGGCCUCGUCAUCCUCUUCCUCGGCCAAUCGAAAUGUGUUCAUCAACUGCAUCAGCAGCUCUGGAACCAAUGAAGGUGAUGACUCUGGCUUCCUUGAAGACUUCAGUGGGGCCAGUAACAGCAGCAAACGCUCCUCGCGCCAGAAGAAGCAGCUACUGCCAAAAUCUUUCUCAGCUCACUACCGCUUCUCUCGCACAUCUGAUCACCACAGACCUCCAGAAGUCAACCUAGAACCUCCAAGCUCCACUACCGUCACUCCGGAGCCCGGAGGGCUCACCCCUGGGUCAUGGCCUGGAGAACUGACAGGAGGAGGUGGCGAGAGCUCACUUCAGUCUCCAAUGAUAUCUGAAGAUCGAACCACAGCCAUCACUCCCUCAGAGUUCAUUCCCAUAACAGAGGAUUCCGUGUCUGAAGGGGAAGUACUUCCAGCUCCCAGUCCUGGAUCCGGUUUAAACUCAGGCUCUGCUUGUAUUUCUGACCCAGCUGCUGAUGCUGCUCCGCCCGACCCUCCUGCUGCACCCGAGAAUAUCAGCGUGGCAGUCUCAGCUUCUCAGGUUUUCUUCACCCCAGUCCAGUCCAGUGCGGAGAAACCUUUACUCCCUGACACUAGCACAGCCAACAACACAGACUACGAAACGGCAGUUUCCCUUUCCGAGCCAGAGACGGCCGUACCCUGUCCACCUCUGCGGGAACAAUCGCUGGAAGAGUGGAAGGAGAGGGAAGAGGAAAGACAGGAGGCGAUAAAAGAAGAAUCAGCUGAAGAGAGGAAGGACGUGGCAGUGGAGAGGAAGGCAGGGUACCACACUGAGACCACAAGUGAGAGCGAGGUGUGUGGGGCGCGCAGCGAGGGCUGCCACUCAAACCCUGAGAAAACACAUCGGAGGGCGAGACACACGCGCUCUCUUCAAGAAAAAGGAAGCUUCUGCGGCUGCCACGAACCCAGGUCCUCUCAUUUGAGGAAACCACACGCAGCUUCUGUGUGCAGCAGUGCCAGCCCUUACCACGAGGUGAUGCGGAUGGAGAGGCGACUGCGCUCCUCAUCUGAGGGGGCUGGUGGGCCUCGUGUCCAUGGAAACUACAGAGAUGCCCAAGGCAUGGAGGGAAAUGGUCUGCUCAAACACAGAAACAACUCCUCAUCAUCUAAACUUGGAAGCCUGGAUGUGCUGAACAAUCUGGGCUCCUCAGAACUGGAUGAAGAUGAUCUCAUGUUAGAUCUGGACCUCUCAGAUGAUCAGAGGCAUCGACAUGUGUCGAGAGAAGACUCGAGCAAGUCCCUGACAUCCUGCCCGAACUUGCUUCCUUCCCCUUUGGAUCCACCAGCAGAUCGCUUUGCAGGGAGAGAAAACAUUCAGAGGGAACUCAGCCGACCAACCAGCCUGCUGCCCGCUGAAUGCAGCGUUGGGUCCGGUUUAGGGAGGGAAGAAGAACCUCUACCUCCCGGGCCAGAGAGCCUUCCGCUCCGACUGAUGCAGCAGGAAUGCACAGCAGUCAAAACCCUGCUUUUAAGACUGAGACGGACAUUGCAGGAGAGCGCAGAGACGAGUCCAGCCAGCAGCAUUCAGUCUCUACCCAUCAGUCCUUGCAGUGAGAAGUCGCUUCCAUUAAAGGAUCUCAACAGAGAGGAAGCCCUUCUGCAGCAGCUUAAAGAAAAAGAUGAGCUGAUUCUCAGACUUCAGAGUGAACUGGAGAGCGCCAGAGCAGCCCUGAAGAUGAAAGACUGUCAAAUGACUGAUCGCACAACGCAGACAGAACACACAGGGGCAGAGAUCAGCCUUCAAAGCCGAUGGCCAGGACACGGCAGCAGCAAUAUCAGCCUUGCACCAAGAGAUCGAAGGGUGGUACGGGGAGUAUCAGCACCACAAGGAGGGGACCACUAUAGCCAACACCACCCUUACCACUAUCGGCCCACUGCUGCAGCAGAGCGCCACACUGCCAGAGAGGAGCGCCACCGUCAGGGAACUGCCAACAGCACUGUAAAUCUGGCUUCUGGUUCCUCCAACCAGCCUUUAGACCAGACCUCACUCACCACACCAGCCCAGCCCAGAGUAAAUCAAACCCUGGGUUCCAGCUUAGCUUCAUCUCCUUUCACCGAACACCCUGAGAUGGUGUCAUCCUCCUCUGAGUCGUUAACUCCAGGAGGAGGAGGAAGUGGAGCGAGUGUGUCUGGAGGGGCAAAGAGAGGAGAACACCCUCAGCCAAGCCUCAUCCCUCGUGCAGUCGGGGCCAGCGCCUCUUCCAGCCUCCACAGUCUCGCAAGCAGAGGGAGCUCCACACAAAACAUCUCAUCAUCAGACCGGGCCUCACCGACACCUCCUACACCUUCAUCAGCUUCCUCCUCCUCCGCAUUCACUGGCCGCUUAGGACAACCACCCCGUGGCCCGCUUUCUCUGCAUAGCUACAGUCGAAAAAAUGUCUUCCUGCAGCAUUCCCUGCAUACGGCCGAACUGCAGGCUCUGACGCAGAGAGACACUUGAGGAUGCUAGGAUAUCCAUCCUGCCAAAAGCAGCUGAAUCAUUAGCUAAAAAUAUUAUAAGUGUGAAUACUUAGGAGGAAAACAUUGCUGCUUCUCAUAAUAUAGUUACAACAAACUUACCAAUCAGAAAAAUAGAACCACGAUUAAACCUCCCCUCCCUUCAUCUCACGCGCCUACAAUCACUUUGAGGUCCUAACCAGCCCUUGAUUUACUUGCUUAGAGAUUUGCCUGAUAUUACAUACGCACAUAAACACACACAAACACAUCAGGAGGUGAGAUUGAAAAAAGGCACUCACCCGUCUAUCAUUGCUCCCACGUUGUGCCAUGCUGACAGUUCAGAUGAGCUUACGCCCACAGACAAAAACUCCACACAAACAGAAAUACAGUCACCCACACUCAAACUCACACUCUGACACAAAGACGUCGUCUGUGAUAUCUCUGCUAGGCCAUCUGCACCAACAGCACGGCGGUAAAACUGAAUGAAAGGACGAGGUGUCUGCAUUGCUAAGCUCGGUCUAUUGAUUGACUGCUUUUUAACAAUGAACCAAUUUGCUGCUGAAGAACUUCUGGACCUGCCUGUGAUUUGUGCUCAUGAUCAUGUUUUUCCAGCCUGCCAAAUCCAACACCGGAUCAAAUCCUCAUUCCACAGGGGUCCAGAUUAAGAGACUGCAAACCUUGUAGAACUGCAUGCUU